AUGGAGUACCCAGCGCAUCAUCCGAUGAACCACCCGAUGUAUCCGCCGCACAUGCCGCUCUACUACCCCGGAAUGCCCACCAUGCCGGUUCCUUACUACGGCAUGCCGUACCCUCCGUUCCCGUACAACCCGUGGAUGGCUCCUUACUCCUCGCCGUUCAUGCCUCCCCAACAUGCUAUGCCUGGAACCAGCGCAAUGCCCACCGACCCUGCCGCUAUCGCGCGUCAGCGUCGCCUUGUCGCGGAUUCAGCGCGCGGAAAGCGACGACGACACGCGCUCAACGCCUCCUCGCAGUUCCCCUCCGCCGUAUCUUCCGCUAUGCCUUCCGCGUCCUUCUACGGCCACCCUGUUUUAUCCUCACCCUCCAUGAUGCCCUGGACUCACGUCAACCCCGAAACCGCCGAUUCAGCUAACACCGCUCCCUCUUCGCCGUUCGUUCCCGCCGCUCCUCUCCCGCCGUUCUCCCCCGCCGUAGUCCCGUCGUCUCCCAAAGCCGUCGCGUCUCCUGCCCGGUGCGCCUCGCCUGUCCCCUCAUCGUCCCCUGCUGCGACGGGAAAAGCCGGCGCGGGGAAGGCUGCGGCGAAGAGUCCGCUGGGUAGAUCUGCUCCUCCUGCUCCCGCUGCUACUGCUGCUGCUGUUGACAAAUCUCCUGCCGUGAAGUUCUCAGCUGAAGCGGAGGUCGUUGCUGCUCCAGCCGCUGCCCUGCCGGUUUCGCCUGUCCUUAAGAUUGAAGAGGACGUGUUCGUUCCUACGGCUACCGCUCCCGUUAUCCCCGCUAUUGCCGCUCCUGCGGGCGGGCAGCAAGCUAAGGGAGGGAAGGUUGCGGCGAAGCAGCAGCGGGAUGAGAGGCGCGUGAAGCGGCUGCUGCAGAACCGCGUGAGUGCGCAGCAGGCGCGGGAGCGGAAGAAGAAUUAUGUGUCGGAGUUAGAGCAGCGGUGCGAGACGGUUGAGAGGAGUAACGCGGAGAUCGAGGGGGAGAUAGCUGCGCUGAUGGCGGAGAACGAGCGCCUGAGGCAGUCGAUGCGGAGAGCCAUCAGGGUUUGA